AUGCUACAAACUACUUUGACUUUCGCUCCAGGUUCCACCCCUCCAGAGGCCGCGGCGGCUGGGACAGGUCUGCUAAUAGCGACCAUCCUGUGCCUAGCGGGAAAUGCCGGAGCCGCUGUGAAAUGUGCACCACCACCAUCGUGGUUCGUGGACGGGGAGAGUCCGAUGGAAAAUCACCGAGGAAACGUUACCGUCGUCUCACUUCUUCAGGCCAGUUGAAAACUUUGUCUCAGGCAGGGGCGGUAUUUGGAAUACCUGCGACAAAAGUUCCUUAGACAUGGCUUAGACGAAAUUUCUUUUUUGGCAAUUAACUCCAAAAAAUGGCACGCUCAACUGAUGCACGGCACACUUCAACGAAGAGUUCGCUUUCCGGUAUACAGAUCGACGCACAAAAAUGACAUCUGGUAUACACUAGAAGGAGGGAAAGAUGAUAUUUUCGUUUAUGACAGAUGCGGCCGCCUAGCAUUUUUCAUACCAUUUCCUAAAAGCUGGUUGGCAUAUCCGUAUACGGAAGCAGCCAUUCUAUCCACUUACUAUGACGAGCCUUGUGGCGUUUGCCCCACCCAAGAAGAGGAAAAGCAUAAUGUCGAUGAUCUGGGGUCAGGAGAUGAGUUUGAAACCAACGAAUUGGCACAAGAAGAAUUGCUGUUUACCUCCAUGACGACAACUGGUCCCAUAUCAAAGAAGCACAGGGACAACAAAACUAUCAGGAAGGGUCCAUUAGAAGAAGAGGACUCAAACCAAAUCGAAGUGAUGUCUGAUGAGCAGCAGAUGGAACAGGAGAACCAGGAUGACAAUAAACAAGUAGAAAAUAAGUGAGCAGGUGUAAAUACAUCCCAUUGCGAUCAAUUAAAAAACAAUGGGACUGAUGCCAUUUGAUGUCAGUUAUUAACUGUAUCCAAGAAAAUGUCACAUCACAUGUCUGACACACAAGAACCAUCUAACUUCACAUGACAGACAACAACUCAUGACCUCAAAGACUCUUCACCAAGUCAAAAUACCUGCAGUCUUUGUACUACUUGACAGUGACCAAAUGACAUAAACAGAUCCACCACCACCUGACAAUGACAAACAAACAUGACCUGAUACAAGUAUAAGUCUCAAAAAUGUUUGUGAUCAGAAGCAGGUGUUUCUAUUGAUGAAAGUUCUCUCUGCCACUGCAGAAAUUUACCAAAUUUUGGCAACACUAAUAAAAAACACAUGUCAUGCCAAUGUCAGAGUAACUCCGAACUACUGAACGUCCCCACAUCUUGUAAAUGAUAUCAUGAUCCCACCUCAGAAGUUAGUCCAUGAAAGUGUAAAGCCCUGAUUUCACACUGUAGAGAAAAGACAGUAGAUUGUCACUGACAAAACUCUAUAGCAACAUAUGCAACAUGACAGCAGAAAGAUCCAACUUGACAGUGUCAAACAGUGCCUCCUAACACCAUUCCCACUUCAUGACAAUGACAACUAAGUACAUCUUCCACCAAGAAGUCUAGCUGACACUGACAGUCUGGUUCUUGAUUGUGACAGGCCUCUCCUGUCGAUUCUAAUCCCAUCUGACAUUGACAGCAACAUUCUUCUGAAGACGGAAAGUCUAGCUGACAAUGACACACAGAGCCAUGACAGUGACACAAUAUGCAGAGCACUACCAGCUCCAAUUGACAGUGACAAAAAGGUUCAUUUUCUGAGGGAAAACCUAGUUGACAGUGACAAUCUGGGUCAUGACAAUGACACACAACACUGGCCAAUACCACCCCCACUUGACAAUGACAGCAAGACACAUCUUCUGAAGGAAAACCUGGUUGACUGUGACAAUCUGGAUCAUGACAGUGACACACCAUGCUAGCUUCUAACAGCUCCACUUGACAAUGGCAGCAAGAUUCAUCUUCUGAAAGAAAACCCAGUUGACAUUGACAAUGUUGGUCAUGACAAUGACAAACCAUGCUGGCUGCUUCUAGCCCCACUUGACAAUGAGAGGCACAGAUUUUUCCUGAAGGUGUGCCAAAAUGAGAGUGCCAGUCUAAUACUUGACGGUGACAACUGAAAUCUUCUGCUGUUAAUUCCAACUGACAGUGACACUCUGGACCAUGAAAAUGACAGGCCUUGUCAGCUGCCAACCCUACUAAAUCUUGGCAGUGACAACUGAGUUUUCUUUCUGACAAAAUGACUAGCUGACAAUGACAACCUGGUCCAUGACAGUGACAGUAAUGUAUUAGAAAAGACUCAAACGUGAACACAAAGCAAAAUGAUUUACUUGGAGCAUCUUUUUGGGAUGGGAUUCUAAAUUAAACAAAUGGAGAUCAAAUAUCACUCAACACUUAAAACACUUCAGGUCCUUCAAGUAAAUCGACUAACAUCUAAGUGACCAUGGAAUCCACUGCUGCAUUGAACCAAGUUAUUAAUGAAGGAGUAUGGGUAAAACCGAGAGGUCCCUGUACUCCAGAUGCUUGAACUGUGGUUUGUAGCAAGGUUUUCUGGUCCUUAAAUGUUAGGGAACAUAUAUAUUCAAGAUUGUAUGUUAGUCAGAUAUACUGAACUACAUUUGAUUUACAUGUUGAUCAGAAGCAAAUUUUAUCAAAGGUAAAUAUCUUUAGUUAAUCAUUGACUUAUGCUCUGAUAAAUGCUGUUAGAUUGCCUAAGUGGCAUGUUGUCUUUCCUUAAGCUGCUUUAUCUUUGGGGACAUACUGUUAUCUAUUUUCUUCGAAGUCUCCAUGAAGAGGUGCCCUAAACCAUCAUGGUGGGUGACCUUGGAUUACCGACUGAUGAAUACAAUUGGAAAUAACUAAAAGACUCAGAGAUUUAAGCAUUCAGUUUUUAUAUGACCAAAAGUACAAAAGUAUCAAUAAAAAAGAAAAAUAAAAACUGUCCUUGUG